ACGGUGGCCGGAAGGGACCAGAGGUGGUUCUGCCGGUGACAGUCGGGAGCCCCACCCUUUCCCCACGUGGCUGUGAAAACCGGUUUGAGAGUGUCUGUCAGGCGGGUACCUGCCGCCCCAUGAGCAGGAGAUGAAGAUGUCCGCCAAGCGCAUCACCCAGGAGACCUUCGAUGCAGCUGUUCGUGAAAACAUUGAAGAGUUCGAGAUGGGUCCAGAGGAGGCAGUAAAAGAGGCUGUGGAACAAUUCGAAUCACAAGGGGUUGAUCUGAGCAACAUUAUAAAGAUGGCACCCAAAGUCUCUGCAGAUGGACCCCAGGAACCUACACACGACAUCCUGCAGGCUCUGGAUGACCUGCAGGAGUCCGUGGCGCGCUCUCACCCCCAGGAAGUAUCCGCACAGCUCACCCGCUUUUUAGAGCAGUGCAGGCAGCAUAAGGCGAGCCGCUUCCUGGCAGCCCAGAAGGGGGCCUACCCCAUCCUUCUCGCCGCCUGGAAGCUUGCUGGAACAAGCGACCAGGGCCUCCUGCUCCAGGCCCUCAACGCCCUGUCAGCCCUGACCGAUGGCCAGCCCGAUCUCCUAGACACCCAGGGCCUGCAGCUGCUGGUGGUCACACUGGCCCAGAAUGCCGACGUGGCUGAUCUGACAUGUUCUGGCAUCCGCUGUGUGUGCCAUGCCAGCCUGAAGCAUGAACAGAAUCGGCAGAGCCUGGUGAAGGCCGGUGUGCUUCCACUGCUGACAGGUGCCAUUACCCGGCAUGGCCACUGUGCUGAUGUGGUCAGGGAGGCCUGCUGGGCCCUCCGAGUCAUGACCUUCGACGAUGACAUCCGUGUGCCCUUUGGCCAUGCCCACGACCAUGCCAAGAUGAUUGUACAGGAGAAUGGAGGCUUGAAGGUACUCAUUGAGGCCGCCAAAGCAUUCUCGGACAACCCCAGCGUCCUGAGUGAGCUCUGCAGCACCCUAUCCCGCCUGGCCGUCCGCAACGAAUUCUGCCAGGAGAUUGUCGACCUUGGGGGCCUCGGUGUCCUGGUGGCCCUACUGGCCAACUGCAGCGACCACCAGGACGUUGUAAAGCAAGUGUUGAGUGCCCUGCGGGCCAUCGCAGGCAAUGAUGAUGUGAAGGACGCCAUUGUCCGAGCUGGUGGGACAGAGUCCAUCGUGGCUGCCAUGACCCAGCACUUGGCCAGUCCCCAGGUAUGCGAGCAGAGCUGUGCGGCCCUGUGCGUCCUGGCCCUGCGGAAGCCAGAGAACAGCCGGGUCAUCAUGGAGGGCGGCGGCGCCCUGGUAGCACUGCGGGCCAUGAAGGCGCACCCUGCAGAGGCUGGAGUGCAGAAACAGGCCUGCAUGCUGAUCCGUAACCUGGUGGCCCGCAGCCAGGCCUUCUCACAGCCCAUCCUGGACCUGGGGGCCGAAGCACUCAUCUUGCAGGCCCGUGCUGCCCACCGUGACUGCGAGGAUGUGGCCAAGGCUGCCCUUCGGGACCUUGGCUGCCGUGUUGAGCUGCGAGAGCUGUGGACUGGCCAGAAGGGCAACCUGGCGCCGUGACCUCAGGCUCAGUCUGGGCCAUGGCUCUGGGUGAGUUAUGUGACUCAGGAACAGGGAAGAGGUCCAUGUCCCGUCACUCUACUCCCCGGAUUCCUCUCCCAUUCAGUGACAGGUGUUUUCUAAUGGCCACCAGGUACAGGCUGGGGUGGGAAGGGAGCCAUGGUGAAGCGUCUACACAGCAGAGAGCAGCCCCUGGGUCCUGGCCUCCUUUCGCCUUGUUCUCCAGGCCAGCUGACCACAUUGCUGUUACCCGUCCUGCCCUCCCAACCCCACCCCGUGCCCUUUCCUACCAGAAGGAGGGCCCUUAGUAUUACUUGGGGGCAAAGUGCUAAUUGAAAUGUGGGAUCCAUGCUGGCCAGUCUCACAGGAGGGUGGGACCCUGCUUCGGUUCCUACAAGUCUGUUCUCUCCCCUGCUCGUCUCUUAUAAUAUGGUUUGUAGGUAUCUUGCUCUGCUGGACAGAGAGCAGGGACCAAGCUCUUCUGCCUCCAGGGGUCCUAGGUCAGCCAGUACUGCCCAGUAAUAAAAGACUCUGUUAGUUAACAA